AUGUCUGUUUGUAGGACUGAGGACAAUGGACACUAUUUGGAACAGCUCUGUGUCAUGGCAUUAAAUCAUUGUUCACUGACUGUAUCUGUGUCCAUUGUCUGGAUAGGCUGCAGUGUUGAACAAAUCAGUGUCCCCUGUCUGGCAUUAGUGUCAUCUGUCCAAAGUAUUGCUGGCAUCAGUGUUCACUGUCUGGACAGGCUGCAGUAUUGCUGGCAUCAGUCCUCACUGUCUGGACAGGCUGGACUAUUGCUGGCUUCAGUGUUCACUGUCUGGACAGGCUGCAGUAUUGCUGGCAUCAGUCCUCACUGUCUGGACAGGCUGGAGUAUUGCUGGCAUCAGUGUUCACUGUCUGGACAGGCUGGAGUAUUGCUGGCUUCAGUGUUCACUGUCUGGACAGGCUGGAGUAUUGCUGGCAUCAGUGUUCACUGUCUGGACAGGCUGGAGUAUUGCUGGCAUCAGUGUUCACUGUCUGGACAGGCUGGAGUAUUGCUGGCUUCAGUGUUCACUGUCUGGACAGGCUGGAGUAUUGCUGGCUUCAGUGUUCACUGUCUGGACAGGCUGGAGUAUUGCUGGCUUCAGUGUUCACUGUCUGGACAGGCUGGAGUAUUGCUGGCUUCAGUGUUCACUGUCUGGACAGGCUGCAGUAUUGUUGGCAUCAGUGUUCGCUGUCUGGACAGGCUGGAGUAUUGCUGGCUUCAGUGUUCACUGUCUGGACAGGCUGGAGUAUUGCUGGCUUCAGUGUUCACUGUCUGGACAGGCUGGAGUAUUGCUGGCAUCAGUGUUCACUGUCUGGACAGGCUGGAGUAUUGCUGGCUUCAGUGUUCACUGUCUGGACAGGCUGGAGUAUUGCUGGCUUCAGUCCUCACUGUCUGGACAGGCUGGAGUAUUGCUGGCUUCACUGUUCACUGUCUGGACAGGCCGGAGUAUUGCUGGCUUCAGUGUCAUCUAUCUGGAGUAUUGCUGAAAUAAUGUUCUCACACACUCAUCAAGUCACUCCAUUCCUGUUCAGAUCAUUAUUCAUCUUCAUCUCAUUUGUACAAACAUACUCUUCUCUUCAUCUUUCCAAGGUGUAAAUAUCCAUUGAAUAAAAAGGGCAUUGUAUAGCACAGAUGUAUAUUUCUCCUCAUUGCUGUAUAUAUAACAAAUGGCCUGGAGAACCAUGUCCAGCUGGUGUAACAAGCCAUUCUAUGCAGUAUUUGGAUGAAUGAUAGCCAUGAAUGAUCAAGUGACAAGAUUGCAUCUCCAAUCUCCCUGUCACUCGUCUCCCACCAGAAACCACAGGCCCCCACUGCGGGUCAGAAAAUCGAUAAACUAGGCCCCGGUUUAGUAUCAACACCCCCUACUAUAUAUUAUAUAGUAGGGGGUGUUGAUACUAAACCGAUAGUGCCUAUCUUAUCGGUAGUAGCAAAUAUUCAAUAUGUAUUAUAGGUAGGGGUGUUGAUGACUACACCCCUACUAUAUAAUACAUAUAGUAUCGAUUUCUGACCCGAGUGGGGGCCUGUACCAGAAACUGCUGAUGGGUUCCUACCACCUACUCUACAAGGGGGCUGGUUUGAUCAGCUUUGUGUACUCUACUAUGUUGGCACUGUUACACAGAUAUACCACAUAACAGAAUUGAUAUUGUAGAAAAGUUAUCCCUUACGUUUUGUUUGUAACACAAUGCAUAACUGGUUCAUCUGUACAUGGAUCAUAUCAUACCCAUGCUUCUCUGAGGAGUUUUUAGAGAGUAAUUAAACCCAAGCUGACUGAAGCAUGUAUCUCAAAGUAUAUGAAACGUUUUGUUGGCCUUUUGGUGAGAAAUGACUCCUGCCAUAUAGUUAGUUUAUGCUGAAUACUGAGAUCAGUGAUUUGUCUAUACACAUUGUUUCUGUAUAUCACACAGCUGUUUAGGUUCCCAUUGGAAUUUGGUUUGAAUAUGUUUGCAUUUUAUCUUGUGUGUCAUUUUUUGUGGUGCAGUUAGUUUCUGUUGCCUUGUUGCGUGUAUGGUCCCUGUUGAUCUCUGUUACUAGAACACUGCCUAGGAGGUGGUGAGUAUUGGUCACAGUACCUGAUGAUGAUGAUGAUGAUGAUGAUGAUGAUGAUGAUGAUGAUGAUGAUGUAUUUAAGAUUUCAUUUGUGCUUCCCAACAUAAUGCCAUUUCUGCUUGGAAAAAUAAAGUUAGGGAUAGAGAGGGAGCAGCCUGAGAAGGUUGGGUUUUAGGAAUGUACAUUUAGAUUUUGAAUUUUGGAAUUUUAACAGGUUUAAGGGGAAGGAGGAAGCAGUGGAUACAAUACCAGCACUGGUGGAAUAUUUGUAUUGAGCUGCAAUCCUGAUGUGUAUGCAUGGAGGUGUUGUACAAAGAAUGUCAGUAAGUUUAGGGCAGGGCUGUCAUGUCCAUGUAUGUGGAGCAGGGCUGAGUGAGGUUGGAGAACAGGGUCCAUUGUUGCAUCAUCAGUCACUGUUAAAUUAUUUUAAUAGCAUUUAGAAGUGAUUCACAUAAAGGGGUAAAUUGUAUGGAUGUCAAUUGUCUAAUAUGAGGAAGACAACUUUUCGGAGUAUGAUUUUAUAAGUUCAUCAGGUAAAUGAUUCAGCUCAAGCCUCAAGGAGUAACAAUGUAGUUGGAAAAGCUGUUUUCCUCAUAUUACAGAAGUUGACAUCCAUAACAGUUCUUCCUUUAUCAGUCACUGUGUCUCCAGUCCACACCUACUUCUUUAAUUUUAUAUGAGCUGAUGUUAAUGUCACUUGUUGAAAUAUUAUGUCAAAUGACCCAUUUAAUAAAUGUUUUGUUGAUA